AUGUCACCUACUUCACACCAUCCAUCUCGAGAUCCUGCGAGCCAGGGCUCAAGGCACCUCAAAAGCACUUUCUUUGUCAGUAACGUGCAUUGUUCUUCCUGCAUCGCAUAUAUCACAGAAGUCCUCUCGGAACUAUCUGGCGUGUUUGGCGUCGAUGUCACUAUUCUUACUCACGAGGUGCGCGUCUCUCAUGCGGCAGAGACCAGUCCUUCCACCUUAGCCAGAGCUUUGAUUCAAGCUGCUUUCGAGGUCCAUCAUGUAACGACUUAUGAUGACAAAGGCAUGGUCGUAUCUGACAUUAGCACAACUUCGUGGCUUUCCAAAGACUCUGUGCAUUUUGCGACGCAGCGGGCUUCGUUUUCUAGCUCGACGACGCAGAAUAGACACCUUGCGAACUGUGAUGCCUGUCGGAAAGAAGAGUUUCAGGGAAUAUCCGCGGCGCAAGACCUGUCAGUAACGACUCCUACUCGGUUAAGAAGUGAGAAGGACAGUCAGUUAUUUGGCGUCAGUGAUGAAGUAUCAGACAUUGAGAGCCUGGCACUCCGAAGAUCCGCAGAAAGUGUUCAACCUCUGCAACCGCAUGACGAUAAUGGAAAGUUCAAUGCCCGUAUAAGCAUCGAGGGCAUGAGCUGCGCAUCAUGUGUCAAUACAGUCACAAACGAAGUUCAGCAGCUCGAUUUCAUCGCGGACAUCACUGUCAAUCUUCUCAGCAAUAGUGCAACAGUCCUCUAUAACGGUCCCAAGUCGAAUAUAGAAAAGGUGAUUGAGCAUAUCGAAGACAUUGGUUUUGAGGCCUCUCUCGAUGAGGUACAACAGGUUGGUGUGACUUCAUCACACAGCCAGAAUCCAUCAUCGUAUGUCGCCGAAAUUGCCAUUAGUGGCAUGACGUGCGGUUCCUGUGCAGGGAGUGUCACGCGAGGACUCGAAGAACUCCCCUUUGUGACAAAAGUUUCAGUUAAUCUUUUGUCCCAUAGCGGUAAGGUAGAGUUUGACGGACAUGAUCAUAUUGAUGCCAUUGUGGAGAAAAUCGAAGAUCUAGGAUACGACGCCUCUGUCACCAGUGUCCUUCCCCAGGCUGGCAAAGGCCAAGAUGACGGUGAGAUCGAAAGAAGAACUGUGCCAAUUCGAGUGGAGGGGAUGUUCUGUCACCAUUGCCCGGACAAGGUCCUUAACUCUUUGAAGGAGCUUCCUGGUGUUGAAAUUGACGGCACACUAUCCAUCAAGAACCCCAUUGUUAAAGUUACCUAUACUCCACGCCCUCCUUCUCUUACCAUCAGAACCAUACUUCGGCGCAUCAACGGAGACCAUGAUGCUUUCAAUGCCACUGUCUACCACCCUCCGAGCAUAGAAGACCGAUCACGGGUAAUACAGUUGCACGAGAGGCGUAGGCUACUGUCUCGUUUCCUCUUCGUUUUGAUAGUGGCAAUUCCAACCUUCCUAAUCGGUAUUGUGUUCAUGAGCCUCGUGUCGCCGGACAACCGGACUCGAAAGUAUUUAGAGCAGCCAAUGUGGGCUGGGAGUGUUUCUCGGAUGGAAUGGUCUCUUUUCAUCAUGACAACUCCGGUCAUGUUCUACGGCACUGACUUGUUCCACGUGCGAGCUGCAAAGGAGAUAUACUCCCUUUGGCGUCCUGGAAGCCGUGUACCUAUUCUACGGAGGUUCUACCGUUUUGGUAGCAUGAAUCUCUUGAUUUCCGCUGGAACUACUGUGGCCUACAUCUCUUCAUUGGCUGUUCUCAUAAUUGAUGCUGUCAUUGGAACCUCAUCAAUGAGCAAUAGCACAACAUACUUCGACUCUGUGGUAUUCCUUACGUUGUUCAUCUUGGCGGGUCGAUUUAUCGAAGCAUACAGCAAAGCGAAAACUGGAGAUGCAGUUGCAUCGCUUGGCAAGUUGAAGCCUUCCGAGGCAUUGCUGAUUGUCCAUAACCGUGCUACCGAACAAAAUGAUUUUGGAGCUGUCUCUGGCGAAGAUGAGAUUCAGAGGAUCAAUAUCGAGCUGCUGGACAUUGGUGAUAUUGUUAGCAUACCCCAUGGAGCUUCACCUCCUGCUGAUGGUGUAGUUGUCGACCCCAACACUUAUCAGUUUGACGAAAGCUCAUUGACAGGAGAGUCGCGCCCUGUGAAGAAGUCUGCCGGCGAUCCUGUUUACACAGGAUCUGUGAAUGUCGGCCAACCCGUGAAGAUUAAGGUAUCCGCUGUUGGAGGGGCAUCGAUGCUGGACCAAAUCAUCGCCGUGGUGCGUGAGGGCCAGAGCAGACGUGCUCCUAUGGAAAGGGUUGCGGACUUACUCACAUCCCACUUUGUUCCCAUUAUAACGCUUAUAGCCGUAUUGACAUUCAUCAUCUGGCUUGUGCUGGGUGUUUCUGGUGCCUUGCCAGAUGACUACCUUGAUGUUGUGCAUGGCGGCUGGGCCUUUUGGAGCUUGGAGUUUGCAAUCGCAGUGUUCGUGGUUGCUUGCCCCUGCGGCCUGGCGCUUGCUGCUCCUACGGCGCUCUUUGUUGGUGGAGGACUUGCUGCCCGACACGGCAUACUGGUCAAAGGUGGAGGCGAAGCUUUCCAGGAAGCGAGUCGCCUUGACGCCAUUGUAUUCGAUAAAACCGGUACCCUAACAGAAGGAGGAGGUUUGACCGUUUCUGACCAUAAGCCGCUCAUUACCGGCCCCGAGGAAUUGCAAGUAGCAUGGUCACUUGCCCGAAAAUUGGAGGAGAGUAGCAAUCACCCGAUUGCUCAUGCGGUUUCAGACUUCUGCAGCGGCAAGGAGUCAGCUAGCAUACUUAGCUCUGAUGUCGAAGAGCGGCCCGGACAGGGAAUGAAGGGCAGGUUCACCGUGUCUCUGGAGGACAAGACCGACCAAUCGAAACGGACAGCCCAGUACGAAGCAGCCAUCGGCAAUCAACGUCUCCUCCAAAACUUGACUUCACCUGAUUUCGAUGACUCGGAACUUUCUGAAUUUCUCUCAACCUACCAAGCAUCAGGCAAAUCCACUGCGAUAUUGUCAUUGCGUAAGGUCGGCCUAGGGUCUUCAAAUGACUCCUACUUCACCCCAGCAAUCAUCUUCGCAAUUUCGGAUUCAAUCCGACCGGAUGCUGCUCAGGUGAUCUCACAACUCCAAAAGCGCAAAGUCGACGUAUACAUGUGCACCGGGGAUAACCAGACCACCGCGCACGCCGUCGCUGACAUGGUAGGCAUCUCCCGAUCCAACGUCAUGGCCAAUAUCAUGCCCGCCGGGAAAGCGGACUUCGUCCGUCAAGUCCAAGACGGCAUAUAUCCCCCAAGAUCCGACUCCGAAGCUGAGAGCCAGAAAAACGAGCAAGGCACACGGUCCAUCGUAGCCUUCGUCGGCGACGGUGUGAAUGACUCGCCUGCUCUCGCGGCCGCAGAUGUCAGUAUCGCCAUGGCAUCCGGGUCGGACGUCGCCAUGAACUCUGCAAGCUUUAUCCUCUUGAAUUCUGAACUCGACACUAUCCUCCAAUUAGUUGUGCUUAGUCGGCGGGUGUUCAACCGCGUCAAGAUGAACUUCGGCUGGGCCGUUGUUUAUAACCUCUGUCUUGUACCGGUUGCCGCCGGGGUGUUUUACCCUAUUGUCAAUGGCUAUGAGAUGAAAAUGAUCGGGGGCGAGACCGUUAUGGUUGAUAAACACUGGAGGCUGAGCCCCGUCUGGGCUGCGUUAGCGAUGGCUUUAAGUAGUAUCUCUGUGGUCUGCAGCAGCCUUGCUUUGGGGAUUGAAAAGAGAACUAUCCAGAGACUUGUUGGUAUGGAUAAAUGA